UGGAAAGCCACACUCCUCGCCACCAGUGAGUCUCUCCAGCUAGACCCUCGGGGAAGGACAAGUGUGAAGCCUACAUUGAACCUAAAAAAAUGGGCAAAAUGCAAAUUUUGAAUGCUGUUGCGGUGCUUUUAGUAGCAUGCUCCGUGCAAGGGACGGUCUACUUUCGUGAGGAGUUUGGCGACGGCGACGAAUGGAGAAGUCGCUGGGUGGACUCCAAACACAAGUCUGACUACGGAGAAUGGAAACUGACGUCUGGCAACUUCUAUGGGGACUCUGAAAAAGACAAAGGGCUCCAGACGAGCCAGGAUGCCCGCUUCUACGCCACCUCCACCCGCUUUGAACCGUUUAGCAACGAGGGCAAGAGCCUGGUAGUCCAGUUCACGGUCAAACAUGAGCAGAAAAUUGACUGCGGUGGCGGCUAUGUUAAGGUCUUCCCGGCCGACCUGGAUCAGACGGCGAUGCACGGCGAGUCAUCAUACUACAUCAUGUUCGGCCCUGAUAUCUGUGGCUACAGCACCAAAAAGGUCCACGUCAUUUUCAACUACAAGGGCAAGAAUCACCUCAUCAAGAAGGAAAUUAAGUGCAAGGAUGAUGAGCUGAGCCACCUGUACACACUGAUCCUGAAUCCCGAUCAGACCUACGAGGUGAAGAUUGACAACGAAAAGGUGGAAUCCGGCAGCCUAGAAGAGGACUGGGACUUCUUGCCCCCGAAGAAAAUCAAGGACCCUGAAGCCAAGAAGCCUGAGGAAUGGGAUGACCGGGCCAAGAUUGAUGACCCAGAGGACACCAAGCCUGAGGGUUGGGACAAACCCGAGAACAUCCCCGACCCCGAUGCCAAAAAGCCAGAGGACUGGGACGAAGAUAUGGAUGGAGAGUGGGAGCCCCCCAUGAUCCCCAACCCAGAGUACAAGGGAGACUGGAAACCCAAGCAGAUUGACAAUCCCAGCUACAAAGGAACCUGGGUGCACCCUGAAAUCGACAAUCCUGAAUACAGUCCUGACUCUAACAUCUACAAGUUUGGCAACAUUGGUGUUAUUGGUCUUGACCUUUGGCAGGUGAAAUCCGGCACCAUCUUUGAUAACUUUGUGAUCACAGACGAUGUGAAGGAAGCAGAGGACAUUGGAAAUGAGACGUGGGGUGUCACAAAGGAACCCGAGAGUAAAAUGAAAAAGGAGCAAGAUGACUUAAAACGAAAGGAAGAGGAGGAGAAGAACAAAGAGCAGGACACCGAGGCGGGCGACGAGGAAGAAGAGGAAGAUGAGGAGGCUGAGGAUGACGACGACGACGAGGAGGAGGAAGAGGAAGGACUCUCAGAAGAGGAUGAUGCAAAGCUUAAAGACGAGCUUUGAGGAGGUGUCAAAUUUUCAUUAGGAGGGGGGAAAAAAAACUCUUGUGUGCAUUCCAGGGAUAUCAUGGCUGCUGUGCAUCCUCCCCUGAAAAAAAAGCACAACACAUUUCAAAUGUUCGGGGGGUCUGAGGGUCAGUUACUCAGUCAUUCUGAUCACGAUGUGUCUCUCACUGCUGGCUAUGCGCUGAAUUUUCAUCUCGUCCCAUCAUACGCUCCAUUCUCCUUGGAUGAGUGUCUGAGUGGAAGAAUUUAUAUUUUCAGUAGUAACACUCUAAAGUUGUGGACGAUAAAAAUAUGAAUAUCAAAUAAAAUGUCAAAACUCUAUCCAAAAAAAGGCAUUGUUGGUAUUGUAAUCCUCCCCCUCCCCGCAAGGCAAGUACAAAUCUAAUCACCCAAUUGCAAAUGUCAUUUCAAAAUUAUAUUGAAUCAUUGUUAUUUUAAAUUCUAAUGUGAUCUAACCUGUCCUGUGAAGCAGCCAUGUGACAUGAUCAAGGCUUUGCUCAUUUCUAUUUGACUGAAUGAUUAUACCAAAGUUUUUAUUAAAAGUUUUUAACUGA